UAGUUAAAGGGAAUGCAAAGAAAAGAAACACAUUUGUUGUUAGAAUCUAUUAAUUUAAAUUUAAGUAAUCUUUAAUGAUUCUCGUAGACUCAUAGAUAGUGUUAAAAAACCCAAAGUAUCGGUUAGAUUUUAUUAAUAUUCUUCGACUUCUUAAAUUUAAUUAACUGCAUUUGACGUAAUCAGUUUUCUUGAAUUCUCGCGUGGCACACCUGUUUUAAUUUGUUUUGUUUUGUGAGUUAUAUGUGGAGGUGCGAUGACUUCCAAAGUUAAAUUAAAUGACGAGCAUGGCCGCUCUGAUUCGUAUCGAGUUGCCACAAUUCCAUCUUCCUUUGACGACAACAAAACUGCUGAUGGCAGACCUAAGUCUCGAAGAAAGGUAAAGAAAGUAAGGAAAGCGGAAGAUUUAGACGAUUUAAAACAGGAAUUAGACAUCGACUAUCAUAAGAUCUCACCAGAAGAACUAUAUCAAAGGUUUCAAACACACCCAGAAAACGGUCUUAGUCAUGCAAAAGCGAAAGAAAAUUUGGACAGGGACGGACCCAAUGCCCUCACACCACCAAAAACAACUCCCGAAUGGGUGAAAUUCUGUAAAAAUCUCUUCGGGGGUUUCGCACUCUUACUUUGGAUUGGUGCAAUCCUUUGUUUCAUCGCCUACUCCAUACAGGCUAGUACUGUAGAAGAACCAGCAGAUGAUAAUCUAUAUCUUGGCAUCGUAUUAGCUGCCGUUGUUAUCGUUACAGGUAUAUUUUCUUAUUAUCAAGAAAGCAAAAGUUCAAAAAUUAUGGAAUCUUUCAAGAACAUGGUGCCCCAGUUCGCGACCGUUCUUAGGGAAGGAGAAAAAUUGACAUUACGAGCCGAAGACUUGGUACUUGGAGAUGUCGUCGAAGUGAAAUUUGGCGACCGAAUCCCAGCCGACAUCAGAAUAAUCGAAUCAAGAGGUUUCAAAGUAGAUAACUCAUCUCUUACCGGAGAAUCCGAACCUCAGAGUAGAAGCCCUGAUUUCACACACGAAAAUCCCCUGGAAACAAAGAAUCUUGCGUUCUUCUCUACCAAUGCCGUCGAAGGUACUGCCAAAGGAGUUGUUAUUAGUUGUGGAGACAAUACCGUGAUGGGUCGUAUCGCUGGUCUAGCUUCUGGCUUGGACACUGGUGAAACACCCAUCGCAAAAGAAAUUCACCAUUUCAUUCACCUCAUCACUGGCGUAGCUGUUUUCCUAGGAGUCACAUUCUUCGUUAUUGCGUUUAUCCUCGGUUACCAUUGGUUGGACGCUGUGAUCUUCCUUAUUGGUAUCAUCGUAGCUAACGUACCAGAAGGUCUACUGGCCACUGUAACUGUAUGUUUAACUCUCACUGCCAAGAGAAUGGCAUCUAAAAACUGUCUGGUCAAGAACUUGGAAGCAGUAGAAACUUUGGGAUCCACAAGCACAAUUUGCUCAGAUAAGACUGGUACCCUGACUCAAAACCGAAUGACUGUCGCUCACAUGUGGUUCGAUAAUCAAAUUAUUGAAGCCGAUACAACUGAAGAUCAAUCUGGUGUGCAGUACGAUAGAACUAGCCCUGGAUUUAAAGCCCUCUCUCGAAUCGCCACUCUCUGUAACCGAGCCGAAUUCAAACCAGGCCAAGACGGUGUUCCAAUCCUUAAACGAGAAGUCAACGGAGAUGCAUCUGAAGCUGCUCUUCUUAAAUGCAUGGAACUUGCUCUGGGAGACGUUAUGUCCGUCAGGCGCAAGAACAAGAAAGUCUGCGAAAUUCCAUUUAACUCAACCAACAAAUAUCAAGUAUCUUGCCACGAAAAUGAAGAUCCUAAUGACCCACGCCACAUUUUGGUAAUGAAGGGAGCUCCUGAAAGGAUCUUGGAGAGAUGCAGCACUAUCUUUAUUUGCGGCAAAGAGAAAGUAUUAGACGAAGAAAUGAAAGAAGCAUUUAAUAACGCGUAUUUGGAAUUGGGAGGUCUAGGAGAACGAGUACUUGGUUUCUGCGACUCGAUGUUACCAUCCGAUAAGUACCCUAUUGGCUACAAAUUCAAUUCUGACGACGCUAACUUCCCUCUGGAUGGUCUUCGGUUUGUAGGUCUUAUGUCCAUGAUCGACCCUCCCAGAGCUGCCGUACCUGACGCUGUUGCCAAAUGUAGAAGUGCCGGUAUCAAAGUCAUCAUGGUAACUGGUGAUCACCCGAUUACGGCCAAAGCCAUCGCCAAAUCUGUCGGUAUUAUCUCUGAAGGUAACGAGACUGUCGAAGAUAUCGCUCAACGUUUGAACAUUCCGGUAUCAGAAGUCAACCCGAGAGAAGCUAAAGCUGCUGUUGUACACGGAUCAGAUCUUAGGGAUUUGUCGUCUGACCAAUUGGAUGAGAUUCUUAGGUACCACACUGAAAUUGUAUUCGCCAGGACGUCGCCACAGCAGAAGCUCAUCAUCGUAGAGGGAUGUCAGCGUAUGGGUGCUAUUGUAGCUGUCACAGGUGAUGGUGUCAACGAUUCUCCAGCUCUGAAGAAAGCCGACAUCGGAGUCGCUAUGGGUAUCGCAGGAUCAGACGUGUCCAAACAAGCCGCAGACAUGAUCCUGCUCGACGACAACUUCGCAUCUAUCGUAACGGGUGUCGAGGAAGGACGACUUAUCUUCGAUAACCUUAAAAAAUCCAUCGCUUACACUUUGACAUCGAACAUUCCCGAGAUUUCGCCUUUCCUCGCAUUUAUCCUCUGUGACGUUCCUUUACCUCUGGGCACCGUUACCAUUCUCUGCAUCGAUCUUGGAACUGACAUGGUGCCUGCUAUAUCUCUGGCUUAUGAGGCCCCGGAGUCCGACAUUAUGAAAAGACAACCUAGGGACCCGUAUAGGGACAACUUGGUUAACCGUAGGUUGAUAUCCAUGGCGUACGGUCAGAUUGGUAUGAUUCAAGCGGCUGCUGGGUUCUUUGUGUACUUCGUCAUCAUGGCUGAGAACGGUUUCUUGCCUAUGAAAUUAUUCGGAAUUAGGAAACAAUGGGAUUCCAAAGCAGUCAACGAUCUUACUGAUUCUUAUGGACAAGAAUGGACCUUCAGAGACAGAAAGACCUUGGAGUACACUUGCCACACCGCUUUCUUCGUCUCGAUCGUCGUUGUACAAUGGGCCGAUUUGAUCAUUUGCAAGACCAGAAGAAACUCAAUCGUUCACCAAGGAAUGAGGAAUUGGGCUCUCAACUUUGGGCUCGUCUUCGAAACCGCACUGGCUGCCUUCCUGUCUUACACGCCUGGUAUGGAUAAAGGAUUAAGAAUGUUCCCUCUUAAGUUCGUCUGGUGGUUGCCAGCCAUCCCCUUCAUGUUGUCCAUCUUCAUAUACGACGAAGUGCGACGAUUUUAUCUACGACGUUGUCCAGGCGGCUGGUUAGAACAAGAAACCUAUUAUUAAGUAUUAAUAUCAGAGUACUGCCACUCAGUGGAUUGCUGUGACAGCACAGCCUCGAUAGGGAAGACUUCGCUGAAACACAAUAGCAAGCCAGCCAGGUAUCAGCGUGGAGAGGGAAAACGAAGUCUUUACCUAUCGAUACUUGUACAAAACUGUUGCUAAUAUAGUAAAUUUGCUGCUUUCUGCAGUUUGAUAUAGUUAAGUCAGGCGUACAAGACCGGCUUCGAUGGAUGGAUGUCUAUCCGAGUUAAUCGUGUACGCUUUAGCUAUUUAUUAAUAUAAUUAAUUUCGUAACAAAUUACAAAAUAGGUCAUGUGACAAGAAAAAGUAUGAACCACAACCAAUAACAAUAAAACACUGUCUGUCUGAUGAGGACGUUUUAGUCGCUGAUGCGGUAUUAUACAUUCCAUUAUUCGAGGACUACAGUUGCCUUAGUGCUGUUUGUCGUACAGAGAGGAAUUAUAUGUUUUUCUUUUUAAAAUGACCUUCUUAACGGAAAACUGAUGAAGUAUCCGUAUUGUUUUUAUUGUAUACUUAGGAAAAGUUGUUAUAUAAGCUGAUAUAAGUUGUGUGAGGAUACUUUUCAUGAUUUUUCCGGUAAUCAGCAAGGAAGAAGAGGUCUGUUUUUAACGAAAAUCAUGUAUAAUCGAAUGGGUUUAAUAACAUUGGUCUAAUUAUAGAAUAUCGAUAACCAAAAACAGCUUUAAUAUCAUUCGCGUAUAAUAUCUGACGUGUUUAUAUCCAGAUAUUCGGUUCUGUUAUAAGAACUCUUUUCUAUAUUAUAAAAUUCUUUCGGUGUCAUGUUUUUUACCGUUAAAAUCCCAUAAUCGACUUUAAAUUUGACUUUUUUCUUGCUCUAUUCAUACAAUUUUCGAUUAAGUGCCAUAAAAUAUGAGAAAAUAUAUUUUUAAUAAGUUGAUUUUUUUAUAGAUUUUUAAUGUCUCCCUAAGAGCUCUCUAAAAUAAUUUAAACUAAAGAAAUAAUUAAUCAAAAUAUAUAAAGAAUAUCGAUGAGUGUGGAGAGAGGUAACAACUAUCAGGAGUAUUAUACGGAAUUAAAAUAAUGUGAAAUGUUUGGUUUUUUAUAUCUUUUUACGAGGCCUAGCGGUACUGGCAAUUGUGUUCUACGCUGAGGAUAGUUUUAAUAAUUUUUAGCGUGUGAGAUCUGGAGAAUUAGAGAGAAAAUUAUAGAUAGUAGAGCAUUGCAAAUAACACAUUACUUGAGCUUACGAACAAAAUCUGUAGGUUUCCCAAGAAAACCAGAAGAUCAAACAGAUAAGCAUGUAAAAUAAUACAUAGUGAAAAAGUGUAGUAUGUUUCUUACUUAUUAAUAAAAAUCGUCUUAUGUCAAACAAUAUGUAAGAAGAAAUUUAUGUACAAUUUUUUCUUUACAUAUUAGUCAUUGAAAUAAUAUAUAAGGAGAAGAAGUAUAUCUUUCCAUGUAAUAGAACUGCUGUGUGGGAAAUCUUGAAUUGAUUGGUCUUACUAACAAAAUUUGCAGACACCAUCAUCAUACGAUGUACUCUUGUUGGUGUGGACAUUUUAAUACUUUGAAUUGAUCCUCAAAAAUGAAAAAUCAAUUAAACAGCAUUGACUGUACGACGCCAGAAGUGUAGGCCAGACUAAAAUGUUGUUCGAGGACUGUUUUGACUUUUUGAAACAAUACAGAGUUAUGUAACAAUUCUUGAUGGACUAAAAGAACUCUAAGUAAAUAAAACGAAAAGGUAAAAAGCAUGGAACUUGAAACGAAGGAUCUAACUGUGGUGGAUUAUGAAUGAAAGUUGGUUAAUAUCAUAAAAGCUGAUGAAAAGAAAAACAUUAUUAUAUUCUAAUACAAAAACAAGAACAUCAAAAACAAAUUGUAACAUUUCUUCGAGAAAAAAGCAUUUAAAGUUGGUUAUUUUGCGCAGUAGUACCGCGCCGUAUACGUAUAAUAUAUAAAACAGAACGCAUUUACCGAUCUCGCGAUAUUCAAAUCUCUAUAACUACGGUAAUAUUGCUCCAAUGUACUUUAAAUUUGGCGUGAAUCCUUUUGAAGUACUAUACUUUUAUACGAAAUAAUAUAAAAUACCAACCGUUAACCAUUUUCACGUGAAACUGUACUCCAGAAGUUGGUUACAUUUGUCCACGCUUCGCUUUUAUACAAAAUUGAAAAUACUUAAGUCUCUUUUAACAUUGGUAGUCGAGAUUCCAUGAUUCGAUCGUUCUUUAAACCCAAUUGCGGAAUAAAAGCGGCGUGGCACCUGGGUGGCUUGCCGAUUUCGUUGCCUGUUAGGGUGUGCCACUGAGGCGCUACGCGUUGUUCGUCGACUUCGUGAAGAAAGAGAAUUUUUAGUACUAUUUAGGCUUUGAACACUUAGGUUAGCUAGAUUGUAACUGUGUUGUUAUCGUAUUAAGUGUCAACCAGUCGUGCUCAAUACACAACAUGACUAUAACUCUCACAAUUGUAAACAUUACAUUCAAAACUACAGUUACAUGUAGAGUGCUCUUAAAUCCCUUCUUUAAAAGUCUUUACGUUAUUAAAGAGUUGAUUUUUAACAAAAAUAACAUUUAAACGAUACAUUUAACACUACUAUAUUGCUCUGCUGAACAUACUAGUACCAAUUUUACGCGUGUCUCUAUAAAAACUCAUCUGUUUCAUCCUCAGGCAUGCGCAUAGCUCUUACUAACGAUAAGUAAGACAGUUAGACCAUUGAUUCCACAGUAUGUUCCUUCAUCCAUUUAAACAGCUCGCAAUAUAGUAUUAUCAAAUAUUCCAAAACUUUAUUAUCGUUAAACUUUUUAGUUAAGUAUUGUUCCACGCAACGUACCCAUAAAACUCAUAUAAGUUAUCGCUUUUCUGUAGGUAAUGAGUCGCUAAACAGUGGGAAAACUUAUGUCUCAAUAGCAUUACAGGUCCCACUGCUGACUCCGUUUUUGACAUGAGAGCUAACGUAUAGUCUGAUUAUUUUGACGUAACUAAGCGGGGCUCUGUAACGCCAUUGAAAUAGAAAGCUUUCGCACGGUUUAGAGACGCAUCACCGACUCUUUUCUAUCAAGUUGACUGAAUAUAUCUAUCUGUAAUUAUCUGUUUUCGUACGUAUAUCCCUUAAUGAAUCCAUAGUCGAUUUAUUGCGGAGGUUUUUGUUUGAGGAGAUGACGUGACAAUAUUUUUGAACCCUAAUGCAAAGAAGGAUCUGAGUCAACCGAAUAUUCGGCGUUACUAUGUUUAAAAAUGUUUGUUUGGCUGAAGAUCCAUUUUAUAAUUAAACUAAGAAUGUUUUUUACGUUUUACAACGUUUUUGUAUUCUGAUCUACAGAUAUAACUCAAUAUAUAUAAUUGAGAAAUAUAUAUAUAUAUUAUCUACAUACACUUACAGUAGUGUAUUGUGUUGAAGCAUCAGUAUGUUGGAAAAUAACAAAUCUUAAUUAUCUGCAACACAGUCAACCAAAGGGGCUACCAUCUUGAACCGUAAAUUACUGUUUUUUGACAGAUUGCGCGCGCAUUGACAACUGAAGAUUGUUACCUAUCAUCUAAAGUCUGUUCUCGUUACUAAUAAGCAAUAUAGAAACAAAUACUUGUGGUGUUACAGUUAAAAAUGUCUAGAAUACCGCACGUAAUGGCAAUAGAGCACCACACUGUUGGAAAACAACAAACUUUGGCAUCUACAGCACAAUCUUGCCCUCAGAUUCGUUGCGGGAGCAUAAAUCUGUGCGACACUAGUUGUCUUUCUCUUCUGGUAGUGCAUAUCCGUUUCGGAUCUGUACUUUACACAACACUGCUCUGUUUUGACAGUUUGCGCUUUCAUUGAAAUUUGUAAAAUUGGCUACCUACCAUCAAGUGACAUUUUUCAUUCAACCUGGCACCACAAAUAAGAAAAUUUUGUGGUGUUUGCAUUUUAUGGAAGUUUAAAUUACCUCACUUCUUUAUGAGUACAUGAUUCUUUUGGUUUCUUAGUGUCUGAUAUGUAAAGUUAGAGUAAAAUGUGUGGCAGGCUUGUUUAUCUUACCCCACCAUCUGAACUAACUUUCGUACAGAUACUGGCUAGUUUAAUUAUAAAAAUAAACUUUACAUUAGGGUGUAGAAAACGUUAUUUUUUUCAGGGAUCUAUAGUUUCUUUAUUAUUUCGUAAAGCGAUGUUGAUUUUAAAGUUAGAGGAUGUAUAAAACUGCCAUUUUCAUAAUGUAACUACCUAUAGAUCUAUUGUUAAAUAAAAUAUUUUGAAAAUAUAACUAAAAAUAGGAUUACUAAAAAUUUUAAGAUAGAUAUUAUAAUAACCUUCUAUGUAAAAGUAUUUUUGUGGAUUUCAAAAUGAAAAUGGCAUCGUUCAGCGAGCACCUUACUUCGCUAUGUUUCCAUACGUUCGUUUUGUAUAUAUACUUUCAUCAUUUUUGCCCACUGCGAGGGUUCGUCGUUUCACAUAAUACAAACAAACAAACAUCUGAACCAAGGCCCUGGCCCUGAUGAAGGUCUGCUUUUGUAGAGUUUUGUUUUUCAUGCGUCACGCUCUGGUCUAAGGGACCGGUGGACCACGGUAUUGUUAUCUGACUGUAAAUAGUUUUAAGUGAAUCACUUAAUUAUUUUUUGCUUGUGUUCUUUUCACAUUCAUGUUUUAGUAAGUGAUGGAGCUGUAUACAUUUGGGUUUUAAUAAAAUGAAUGAUAGUAUA